AUGGCGCCCUCAGUCGCAGACGUAUUGCCAAGCGCAUCCGAACUAAAGGAGAAGGCAGAGCAGAAGCUCAACAAGGCUUAUGACGCAAAGCAACACGCCUCAUACAAGUACACUAACUACUUGCCUGUGUACGAUGAAUCGACGACAUUCCCGCCAACGGAGCCCUUCGAGUUCGUCGACCGGGGCCUCCUAGCGGACAAAGCCAAGCCUCAUCUACUCGGGCUCAAGGACCCAAACGUUGUCGUCACCAAGCUUACUCCUCGCGUCGGCACAGAGAUCACUGGUCUGCAGUUGUCCGAGUUGACGGACGAGCAAAAGAAUGAGCUAGCUUUGCUAAUUGCCGAAAGGGGUGUGGUUCCCGUCGGAGCUCAUGUCGACGGGGCCAUUGAAUUUCACAAUAUCUAUCUUGGACCAGACAACCUGUACAGAACCCAACGCCGCUUGGAGCGCUUGACUACUACCGGGUACCACUCGGACGUCUCAUAUGAGCACCAGCCCCCUGGAAUCACACUUCUUACGCUGCUGGCGGUGCCCUCUACCGGGGGUGACACUGCAUGGACUUCUCAGGUCGCGGCAUACGAGAGACUUUCGGAACCGAUCAAGGCAUUGCUAGAGGGCCUACGGGCUGAACACAGCGGGUAUCCCCAAGCCGAGGGUGCUCGUCGCGACGGCAAAUUCGUUCGUCGCGAACCUGUUAAGUCGGACCACCCGAUCGUAAGGGUACACCCGGUCACCGGUCAGAAAGCACUAUUUGUAAACCCGGGGUUUACGAAGAAGAUCAUAGGGUUGAAAACCGAGGAGUCCGACGCGAUUCUCCAGUUGCUCUUCAAGCACAUCUCCCAAAGCGCGGAUAUCCAAGUCCGCGUGAAGUGGGACGAUCAGACAGUGUCGCUCUGGGACAAUAGGGUUACAGCUCACACUGCUAUCUCCGACUACGAUGUACAUAACGAGGAAGAAGGCUUGCGUCACGGGUUCCGUAUUACUACCCUUGCCGAACGUCCGGUAGGGGUCAACGGGUUAGAGACAGUUUGGUAA